CAUGUCAACUUUUAUUGUCUCUAUAUUUAUUUCUAUAAACAUUUAAUAGUUUUAAUUUCUUAGCAUAAAGAAAGAUUCCAGUAUUAAAUAAAAUAACCAAUCCAACUUCUUUUAUAAUCCCAAAACCUCAAGAAGAGAAGACCUCCAGACCUCCAAUUUCAUCUUCUCUUUCACUCAAAAGUCACACAGAGUUUUCCAAUUCGAACAGACAAAGAGAAGAGCCAUAGUCUAAUGGAGUUCUAGAGGAAACCAUUAGAAUCAAGAAGCUUCCCACAUCAAUGGAGACUUCAACAAACCCACCAUCUUCUUCCUCAUCAUCAGCUUCAUCUUCCAUUAUCUAUGGAUCUUUACAUCAUCAUCACAUCGUAACUAGAUCUGAUCAUUACCCAACAACUUUUGUUCAAGCGGACACAUCUUCUUUCAAACAAGUCGUACAGAUGCUCACGGGAAGCUCUUCCCCGAGAUCUCCAGACUCUUCACGUCCUCCGACGACUCCUUCGGGCAAGGGUAACUUCGUGAUUCCACCGGUCAAAACCGUACAGCCGAAGAAACAUUCUGGUGGUCACAAACUUUACGAGAGGAGAUCGCACGGCGGAUUUAACAACAACAACCUCAUCAAGAACAGUCUCAUGAUUAACACACUCAUGAUCGGUGGUGGUGGCUCAGGCUCCCGGAGUCCAAGAUUCUCGCCGAGCAAUUUGUCGCCUAGCUGUCUUGAUUUCCCCAAGCUUGCACUUAACAGUCCCGUGACGCCGUUAAAGCAGGGGAACAGCGGAAACGACGGCGACCCUUUUGACAGGAUGUCGCCAUUAUCUGAGGAAGAGAGAGCUAUCGCUGACAAGGGUUAUUACCUGCACCAGUCUCCGAUUUCAACUCCGAGAGAAUCAGAGCCGCAGCUUCUCCCUCUGUUUCCGGUGACUUCUCCGAGAGUAUCGCCGGAGAAGUAGACUGAGAGACUGUUUAUAAAAAAAUUUACUGCGAUUGUAAUUUUCGCUUUUUUUUUUUUAUAAUAACUUUGCUCUGCUUUUAAAUAUCUUUAUUACUAUUGCUUCAGCUUAUUACCAUUAUAAAAUAUACUAGUAAAAUGUGUUAA